AUGCUAUCUUUUCUGAAGAGCGCCUACACCAACUACGACCUCCAGAAAGAUCCAUGGGUUUCAGAGCUCCUUCAGCAGCGACAGCAAGGCCACGAUGUUACGAAGAACAUACACAAAGUAUUCAUUGGUGGCAAGACGUACUGCAGGGAUCAACUCCGAUCACUUGCUCUUAAGGCAGAAGCAAUGUCACAGGAGCUUGGGAUGAGUGUUAUGGACUGGUAUCUUCGUGGGUGCAUAACACAGUUCAGCAAGAUGGUUCAUAUGUCGGACUCCCAGUUGCUCGACUGGUCUGCUGAUGAAAAGAGACAUCUCCUUGAGAUCUUGAGAACUUUGCCCUCAAUCGACCUGAACAGUCACGACAUUCCACCGAUGUCCUUGGGUUCGAUGUCGCACAAGCUUCAGCUGUUGAUCAAGUUUCUGGUCGCCGAAGCUAAACAUGACCCUGAAUUCACUUGCCUGGUGUUCGUCGAGCAGCGGGUAUGGGUGGCUUGUAUUGCAGAAGUUCUCGCAAUCCACCCAGAAACAAGGGAUUUACUAAGAGUCGGCACUUUUGUUGGCGAGUCGGAAAACAGCAAACGAAAGGCAAAUAUAGCGUCAAUUUCCGAGCCACGAAAUCAACAAGCUACUCUGGAAAACUUCCGCGCGGGCAAGCUUAAUCUCAUUCUCGCAACCAGUGUUCUCGAAGAAGGCAUCGAUGUGUCCAGUUGUCACCUCGUUGUCUGCUUUGAAAGUCCUAAGAACUUGAAGAGCUUUGUGCAACGACGCGGACGGGCGAGAAAGGAAGAGUCAAAGUAUGUCAUAUUUGUGCCUCAAGCGGGUCGUAGACGGGAUCCAGAAUCCUGGCAGUCGCUUGAAGAAGGGAUGAAGGCUGCAUAUCUUGAUGAUUUGCGGCAGGUCAAACUUGCUACGGAGAAAGAACAGCAGAGUGAGACUGGCCAUCGAAAUUUCGAGGUAAAAAGUACUGGAACUGCUUGCGCUUUGGAUACUUGGGCUACUGAAAAGAUGGCCAAGCAAGACGCGGCUUUCGAGGCGUACAAGGCUCUCUCUACAAAACUGAAGAUCGAAAGCUCGUGGCUCCACGACGUAGUUUUGAAUGACGAAGAAAUCUCGGAACUGAAGUCGGUCACCUACAAGAUACUGUACUCUGUCUUUCAUAACCGAAUGGAACUCAAUAGACGAGACUUCGUAUGGCUGGUCGCUCCGUGCGAUGAGUCGGGUCUCCUCGAUAGCCGCAUCUGGCUUUCGGAGUGGAGACAGCACACUUGCCUGGCAACAGAGCUUAUCGCGCAAAACUCUGAUUGGUCACUAUGGGGCUUGGUCAAUCAGAAAGGUGAUGCUCGAAAGUACACACCGAGGUCUACCAGUAUGAAUAACCAGUUGUGGUUGCUCCAGCUGAUGCAAUUGCCCAAGCGGCGCGACUUUCUCCAUCCAGUCCUGGAGUCCGCGAACAUAAACGACGCAUACACAAAGACCGACGAGAUGGCAGCAAAGGAUUGUAUAGUAGAUCCAGUGCCUGCUCCAUACUCUGUGUUCGCACUGCUUUUGCCAUCUAUCCUGCAUCGAUUUGGCAUGGCCAUUAUCGCCGAAACUCUGAGGACUACACUACUCGGCCCAGUCGCCCUGGAUUCAGCGCAUUCGCUCCUUCUUACAAGAGCUCUGAAAUCUUCCGCAGCAGAUGGUAAUGACAACUAUCAGCGCUUGGAAUUUCUUGGCGACUGUAUCCUAAAAUUCAUCGCUACAGUACACCUCAUGGCCGCCAAUCCGAAAUGGCCAGAGAGCCACCUCACUGCGAAAAAAGGAAGAAUUGUCAGCAACGGCUUCCUUGCCCGGGCUACUAUAGCUGCCGGACUGGACCGUUUUAUGAUUACGAAGAGCUUUACUGGCGCGAAGUGGGCGCCUCGCUAUGCUGGAGACCUCUUAGCUGAGACAGGACCAGCGGUAAAGGAAGAGAGAUCAUCGAAACUGAUUGCUGACAUAAUUGAAUCACUCAUCGGUGCUUGUUAUACCGUUGGUGGGUUCGAGAAAGCUGUCUUGUGCGUUCAAACGCUAUUGCCACUUGAACCUUGGAUUUCUGUGCCGGCUGCCAACAGCAUCCUGCAUGAGGCAGCACCGGCUGAAGCUGAUUUGAUGGGCCUCGAUGUCUUGGAGACACUGAUAGGGUACACGUUCAAGAAGAAGCCGCUCCUUCUCGAAGCCCUGACUCAUGCGUCCUUCUCGGGCCCCCAUGUGCACUGCUCCUACGAACGCCUGGAGUUCCUCGGCGAUGCAGUUCUCGAUUACAUCAUUUCGAAGCGGCUUCACGCACACAGCCCCGAACUAUCUCAUCAGAAGAUGCAUGCCAUCAGAACAGCAACGGUCAAUGCAUCCUUCCUUGCAUUUAGAUUGUUCGAGACUACCAUCGACGAGGAGACGAUCAACAAGACCAGUAUGCGGCCAGAGAGUCAAAAGAGAGCAAUCUGGCAGUUCCUCCGGUCUGGAAGUCCGUCGCUCAACGCAAACCGAGACAAUGCGCUGAGACAACACGAACAAGUGAGGGACGAGAUCAUCAUUGGCCUCAACGAGGCGGCCAGGUUCCCUUGGCAUCUGUUUGCCCUCACAGACCCACCGAAAUUUCUGUCCGACAUGGUAGAGAGUGUGAUAGGAGCCGUCUACAUUGACAGUCUUGGCGACAUUCUCACUUGCGAGGCGAUCGUCCGACGUCUCGGGAUACUCGACUGUUUGGACCACAUACUGUGCAAUGGCGUAGAUUGCCUGCAUCCCAAGGAGCGACUUGGUCAUCUUGCUGUCGACAAGGGUGUGCAGUAUGCGCGCGUGGGAAUGAAUACCGAGCCCAAUGAGGGUGACAAGAUGUACAAAUGUCAGGUCAAGGUGGGCGGCGAAGACGUUGGUGAUGUCGCCGAGGGUUUGAAGAGACUGAAUGCAGAGACUGUGGCUGCAUGGAAGGCCGUCGGUGUCCUCGAGAGCCGGAAAGACUCGGCCAUAGAGAUUGUUAGCGAUGUGGAGGAGUUCUUCGAUGCGGACGAUGGCGGGGGAAUAUCACUGGAUGACCCGUGA